AGGAGGGCGCGUUACAGAAUGACAUACAGGUUUCAUUGAUGCACGCUACGCCAGAGACAUUUACAAAAAAGAACGAGAAGGAACUUUCGACGCACCACUAGUCAGUCUUCACGCUCGAUCUCCAGAUAAAGAAGGGUUAAAUCGCUGUCCAUCUGAAGAGCCAUGUCACUUGUUGAAGAAUACGAGGAAGGGGAGAAUGGGAGGGCGCCGAAGCGACUGAAGACGGCAGAGGUGGAGGAGGGCGAGGAGCUGGAGGAGGGAGAGGACUCAGACUCGGAGUCUGCAGGGCUGCUCGGAGAUGUAGAGAAUGUAGGAGCCGAGAAAAUGGCCCGGUGGACCGCAACGAAAUACGGACCUGCAAGACGGGAAAAUGAGGAGGACUCCCACAGGAUCGCCCAGUCCCCGGUGGUCCAUGUCAGGGGGCUGUGUGAGGCCGUGGUGGAGGCUGACCUGGUGGAGGCCCUGGAGAAGUUUGGGCCCAUAUGCUAUGUGAUGAUGAUGCCCUUUAAGCGGCAGGCGCUGGUGGAGUUUGAGAUGGUGGAGUGUGCUGAUAAGUGUGUGGCGUGUGGCAGUAGCGAGGCAGUCUACAUCGCAGGCCAGCAGGCCUUCUUCAACUACUCCACCAGCAAGAGGAUCACCCGGCCCACCAACUCAGACAACCCCAACAGUGGCAACAAAGUCCUGCUCCUGUCUAUCCAGAAUCCACUCUACCCCAUCACCACAGACGUUCUUUACACCGUCUGCAACCCCAUCGGCAGUGUGAUGCGCAUCGUCAUCUUCAAACGCAACGGCAUCCAGGCCAUGGUGGAAUUUGAGUCUGUUGAGUGUGCUCAGAAAGCUAAGGCUGCUCUCAAUGGAGCCGACAUCUACGCCGGCUGCUGCACCUUAAAAAUCGAAUAUGCAAGGCCAACUCGCUUGAACGUGAUCAGAAAUGACAACGAGAGCUGGGACUACACAAAGCCUUACCUGGUCCGAAGAGAUGUUUCAGAGCGUGGGAAGGGCAGGCAGGCCAUACUGGGGGAGCACCCGUCCUCUUACGGAGACAAUGGAUACGGGUCGCACUGCCCCCUGCUGCCUCUCCCAGGUAACAGCAGGUACAAGCUGAGCUCCCACGACAUCCCAGAGGUGGUGGCUUACCCCCUGCCCCAGAGCUCCUCUUACAACAACCACGGCUCUAGCUCUGUUGCCAUGGUGAGCGGCCUGCACCCCGCCAAGAUGAACUGCACCCGCAUCUUCAACCUUUUCUGUCUCUAUGGCAACAUCGAAAAGGUGAAGUUCAUGAAGAGUGUCCCAGGCACUGCCCUAGUAGAGAUGGGGGAUGAGUAUGCAGUGGACAGGGCCAUCACUCACCUCAACAGCAUCAAGGUGUUUGGCAAGAGGCUUAAUGUCUGUGUGUCCAAGCAGCAUGCGGUCAUCCCCAGCCAGGUGUUUGAGCUGGAGGACGGCAGCAGCAGCUAUAAGGACUUUGCCAUGACCAGGAACAACCGCUUCACCAGCCAAGGCCAGGCCUCCAAGAACAUCAUCCAGCCACCCUCCUGUGUAUUGCACUACUACAACGUCCCCCCCUGCAUCUCAGAGGACCAGCUACUGAGGUUAUGCUCAGAGCAUGAUGUGCCAGGUUUCACCAAGUUCAAGAUGUUUGAUGCAAAGCCCUCCUCCAAAACCAUAUCUGGCUUGUUAGAGUUUGACUCCAAGACGCAUGCGGUCGAGGUCUUGACCGUCCUAAACCACUACCAGAUCAGAAUACCAAAUGGCUCUAACCCCUACACCCUGAAGCUGUGCUUCUCCACGUCCUCUCACCUCUGAGAAACUCAGGACCAGGGCACCAGCAGGACUGACCAGAGCCCAGCAGGAGAGGGAGAGAGACGGAGAAGGAGAGAGAGAGAGAGAGAGAGAGAGAGAGAGAGAGAGAGAGAGAGAGAGAGAGAGGAUGGGGCUGGGAGGGACAGAGUACUGAGCUAUCAAGACACAGACUGACUGUCUCCCGUUGAAGUGGAGAAGACUACUGAAACACAAGUGUGAAACACUGGAAAAUUGCUGAAGAGGUUUUCUCUUGUACCUCUUAUUUUGUAGUAUUUUUUGUUCUGUUUGUUUUUAAGUUGUCUCUGUAUAGAGAGAGGCAAUCAGAUCUAAGAACAGAGAGACGACACCCUCUCUUCCCAGCAUCCAUUUGGCCUGAGCAUGGUACUGUAAUGUAACAGAUGACCCCUGAAAAGACUUGUUGUGGACAGAAUGAGAUUACUUGCUAAUUUUUGCAUUGUGGUCGAAGACUGAAUAGAGGACAUCCAAUAUGCCCAUGCUGGUGAAGACUAUCCAAAAUGGUCGCCAUAUUUAUGGGUUGACAGUGCUUCAUUUAUGCUCAGCUUAUUCAGUUGAGCAGCAGAAAUUCAGUCGGUACUUCAGUGGUACAAUGUGUCAAUAUUAAUUUAAAAUCGCACUGUAACAUGUAAAUGUGUAUAGAAUUUAAAUGAAAUCUCUGCUAUAGAGGGGUGCGACGGGGGAGGGGGGUAAUAUUAUUAAUCUUAUUUGAGGACAUUGUGUCAGCAGGUGUUUUGCUUUGGAGUGGAACGUUUAAAGAUGCGUUUUAGACACUGUGUUUGUACGAUGUUUACACAUGAAGAGCCCAUGGUCUGUGUAGUAUGUCAGUGUUUUGGGGCACUCUGUUUGAGUGUUAGAACUGGGUUCAGUGUUAGUAUCAUGGCUUCCCUGCACUGGUUCAGUGUCAGUAGUUUUGCACAUUCAGACUGUUUUAGUGUUUAGUGACAAGCCGAUAUGUGUUAUGUUCACAAAAUGGCUGAAUCCAGAAUCAUUGUACAUCACCCCAAGCUCUUUGCCUCAUUAAUUAGCAAAUAUAUUAACAUUAAUUAGCAUAUAUAAAACAUGUAUGGACAUUUUCACAUUUUCUAAUCCUUCAAAUACCUAAGGUUAUUUGGAAACAGCCCUGUCAAAGACUGUAACAAAUAAUAUGAUUGUAAAAAUGAUUUGCACAACAAAUGUGGAAUUCCAUUUUACUUGCAAAAUAUGGCAAAAUAAGGAAAUGACAUGGUAACGCCAAAUUCCAUUGGUCUACUCUGUAUGUAGUACUGUAUAACAUUAGCAAAUACAUACAGUACAAAACUUAAGGUGUUAUUCAAACCUUUCUGCAAGUAGCAAAUUGCAAUAUUAUCCGUUGCUGGGGAGGCUUAUCUAGGCACAGAAUCAUGGGUUGGUUGGUUCUGAAUGCAUCCUGAGAGCAUGACAUUUAUUAGACAUUCAGCAGUCUACAGAUCCUCUUACAUCUUAUUAUUCGAUAAUUGUUCCACAUUCCGACUUCCAUUUCAAAAGCCUGGAGUUACCAUAAACAGCGGUCUUGUGCUUAAGUUAAUGUUAUCAUCAAAUGUAAGACAAGGAGGGUCUUAAAUUCUCACUACACGCAUGUUCAGGUGGGUAGAUCCCAUGAUGUCCAUGUCUGACUGGUCAUUAAAUGGCAUCGUGUCUA